UCCACUUUUGUCCACUUUUGGACCCUUUUGUCCACUUUUGGACACUUUUUCCACUUGGUGUCCAAAAGUCACGCUAAUUCUCAAAAUUGCCCAGCCUGCUGCUGAGGACCCUUAAGACCCCUUCAAACCAUUUUCUGGGACCCUGCAACAGCUGUUCUCGUCCAGAGUAAGUCAACAACAACAACAACAACAAAAACCAAACAAUCGGAAUACUCAAACAAACUAGCCAAUCCAUUGCAUACGACGAAAGCUUAAAAAAAAAAAACAGAUUUCUAGCAGUGUCCCAGAAGUUUGUUGUUGUUAUCGGAUUGACACACCCCUUGGCAUCCCAUGAUACUCAUGAGAUGUUGAAAGAUCUGCAUUCGCGUUUACCCUAUUGGGUGAGACGGCGGGUGUCGUUCCAACAACGGACCGCCACUUGUCUCAUGAUCGCCGCCGUGGUGGCCGCCGUCUUUGUCAUGGUCCAAUUGGCCAUCUUUAUGUACGUGAAGCAGUACGAACAAUAUCAGGCCGAUCUCAUGGGCAAAGUCCAGAAGAUGAUGGUCAACUUGAAGGCUAGCUCCGGCCAAACGCCGGUUCAAAGUCAGGAAGGCCGUCGAUUUAGCGGUGCUGCCAUGCCCGGGGUGCCCCUGGAUCAGCGGAUGUUGUACACGGCUGAUAAAGACCAAGCAUUUCAUUGCUUUCAAAGUGGGCGUCAGAUCCCAUUUGAUCAGGUCAACGAUGAUUACUGUGAUUGUCCCGAGGAUGGUUCUGAUGAGCCCUCGACUAACGCUUGUGCCUUGGGAUCCUUUGCUUGCUCCCAAGAUGAUCGACGGAUACCGCAAAGUCGUGUCAAUGAUGGGAUCUGCGAUUGUUGUGAUGGCUCAGAUGAGUAUCGAGCCAAAAUCUGGCCCGACCCUUUACCGGAUAAAGUUCAACUCAAACUUGGGCGCUUCCAAUCCCCAUGCUCCAACCAUUGUUAGGGACUGUUGGAUGGCGAACACCGUAAUUCAUACAUGCAGUCAUGGGUUUGAGGAACUCGUGGGACAAAUAAUCACCAACUUUAUUCUGUA